AGCCCUGCGGUUGAAGAUCGUGACACUAGAGAUACUCGAUCGCCGCUUGAAAAAUUCCGACCUGCUCCCAGAAAAGGGCUUAGUGUGACGGAUUUGGUCUCGCCUGCCUGGUGCGAGCUCCAGUACUGGUAUUCGCUGAAUAAGUACGGUCGCAUCAAGAGGACGCCGAUCAUGAAGCAGGGGUCGAGGAUACAUAAAGAGAAGGAGCGGGAGAUACAGACUGAGGUUCCUGUCGACACCGUCACCAAGGAGGACAGGCUAGGACUACGAAUGUGGAACAUGAUCCAAGGAAUGCGAGCUCUCAGAUUACAAGGCAUCACUCGGGAGUUCGAUGUCUUUGGUGUCGUCGAUGAUCAGGUAGUGAUCGGGAAGAUUGACGAGCUCACCUACACCUGCCCCGACGAAACUGAAGAGGCCAAGAUUCUUGGUCAAGAGGAGGCCGAGUCGGAUAAGAAGAAAGGCAAGAAGAAGAUGGCACUUCUGCCCGACCAAACCAUGAUGGAUGACUUCUUCGGUACAAGUUCACGGGAUCUCUUCAACAGCCAAGACGCAUGGUCAUCGAACGUGCAGCCGCGGCAGACGGUCUACCUGGUCGAUAUGAAGACGCGCAAGGCGAAGGGCCUUCCAAAGCUCGGCUCUCAAAUGCGGCCUACACAGAUGCAGCUCAUGCUGUACCGUCGACUGCUCGAGGACCUUGCCACAAAUAACGUGGAAGCCGAUCGCAUCUUCGACCGUUAUCAGGUCGAUGCUCACACUAUAUUCAGCGAUGCCUUCAUCGCUUCCAUGGGCGCUAUCGACUUCUCCUCGAGCCAGAGAAGCCUGGACGACCAGAACGACGAAUUUGCCACCGGCGAGCAGGACAACGACCCUCUCGCCGAGAUCUUGGCUUACAACACGCUAAGCGCGUUGUGGUCGCACAUGAUCGCAGAGUUUUCCAGAACGAUCUCAUCGAAUACUCUAUCUCCCCUCUUGACAGCCAAAUUCGUCGCAUCCGCGACAGGUGAAUUCAUCGGACAGCAAUGUUUUCCUUUCGAUGGCAAGGUUUUGGAUGAGUAUGUAGCAUCUACGAUGCAGUGGUGGAAAGGUGAGCGGGAAGCCCGCGGUGUCGACAUUGAGGAGGCGUCUUCCAAAUGUAGGAUUUGCGAAUUUGCUGAAGGCUGCGAAUGGCGCAGAAACAAGAUCGAGGAGGCUACGCAGAAGUCUCGGCUCAGGCAUGCUGCGAGUUCCAGAAGUCAGAUUUGA